CUUUCUCUGCCUCGGUGCUUUCAAACCGAUUGUGUGAGUGUGGCAAUCCGAUUGUCUGGCGUCCCUUCCGUCGUUGUGCAAACUACCUGACACUUUCCGAUUAUCAUUAUCACUUUUUGAAAGCACAAACACACUUCCUCAGGUUUUGUUAUGCGUGAUCAUAAUCAACGUCGGUGACUGGUUAUUUCUACUGGAAAACGAUUGUUCUUUGACAUGAACAAGAAAUCGAAAACUGUUAUGAUCGACUACUCGAUCACCAAAAUUUUGGAACGAAACAAAAAGAACGCUCGAUUGGCAGCAGUGUUCGCCGCCCUUUUCAUUCUCACACUUCUCAUUUCAAUAUCAUUUAUCACAAUUGUGGCGAUCCUUUCGGAUGGGUUCUCCACUCUUAUCUCAGGCUCUGAACUCUGCUCGAACACGGAAGGAGAUGCAUAUGAAGUUAAAAACUCGAAUCAUGUUAACUAUGGAUCCGACAACUCGACAUGUCUAACACCGGAAUGUAUUCGUCUCGCUGCGAGUUAUCUGAAUAAUAUGAAUCGGGAUGCCAACCCAUGUGAAGACUUUUAUGAAUUUGCAUGCGGAAAAUAUGCAACAAGGAAAGUGAUUGCGGAGCAUGAGAAGAAGGUUACUGUGCUCAGUGAGAUGAAAAAGGAAAUGGAUAGGCAUUUGAAAGAUAUUCUCGAAAAGACCUCCAGAGAAAACACAACUCGAUCUAUGAAACUUGCUCAAAUCUAUUUCGACUCUUGUAUGGAUGAGUUUUCUCAAGACGAUUUGGGAGUUCAACCUCUAAUGUCAAUGAUUUCAAAUCUCGGUGGCUGGCCUCUUUUGACAAAUGCUCGAUUCGAUUCUAUUGAUUUUCAAUGGGAAGUUCUUGCUGGCCAUUUGGCAUUAUAUGGAGUUGAUGGAAUAUUUCGAGUCUUUGUGCAUUCUUCAUUUGAUGAUAGCGACAAAAAUGUGUUAAUGUUUUCCCCGCCAAAGUUGUUCCUGGAAAAGAAGAAGUUCUAUCGUGAAGUUCCAUCGUCAAAUGUGUAUCUGCAAUAUUAUCGACAGUACAUUCUAUCACUUUUGUCCCUUUUGGGAGUUGAUAUGGAAGAUGAAACUGGAGUUAUUGAGUAUCAAGUUGAUGAUAUUAUUGACUUUGAGAGACGAAUCGCGAAUCUCACCCGAAUAGAACUCUCCCGCAACCACAGUUCCAUCAACAACAUGAUAACGUUUGGAGAAUUCAAAAGAAAAUAUGACAAAAUCAAUUGGGAUGCAUUUUUCAAUGAAGAAAUGAGAGGAAACCUGGGAAGAAUGCCAGAUUCCUUGGUGAUAAAUGUGGUUGAUGUCAAUUAUUUUGACAAUUUAUAUUCACUUAUCAAGUCGAAACCAUUGAGCUCAAUUAACAACUUUUUAAUGUGGUGCCUUGUGUCGAAUUAUGAUAUGUAUUUGCCAGCGAAGUAUCGCAAGCCGAUGCUCGAUUUUAGGCAGAAGAUGUACGGAGUUAGUUCUGAUGAUCCACUGUGGGAAGUAUGUGUCGGAGAAGUUCGGGAGAACCUUGCAAUGCCCCUAUCCACAGAAUAUGCUCAGAAAUUUUUCACAAAGAAGGACAAGUUAGUUGCAGAAGACAUGAUCCGAGAUUUGAAAAAAGCUAUGGAGCAGACGCUGCUCAACGCUGACUGGAUCGAUGAGUCAACACGAGAAGCUGCACUGAUGAAGUUGGAUGCAAUGGGUCACAAAAUUGGAUUCCCCGACUCACUUCUCAAUGAAACUGCCGUUCUGCUCCCUUAUGCAGGAGUUCGACUGACUGCAAAUCAAUAUUUUGAUAAUGCGAUUUCCUUGAAAAAAGCAGCAUAUAGGGAUGCUCUUUCAAAACUCCACCGGACUCCGUCACUAAUCGACUGGGCGUCGCCAAUCAUUGCUGUUGACGCAUUUCAUUAUUUCACUGGGAAUGAAAUUAUCUUCCCUGCUGGAAUUCUUCAAUUCCCAAUGUUUGUGCCCGAUGCACCGGCUUUCUCCAAUUACGGAGCAAUCGGAAUGGGCAUCGGUCAUGAAAUAACCCACGGAUACGAUGACCUUGGAGCUCAAUACGACGACAAAGGCAAUCUGCGUGGAUGGUGGCAUACUGAAACAAUGACAACAUUCCAAAAGAAGAAACAAUGUUUUGUGGCACAAUAUGGAAGUAAAAUCGAACCACAAACUGGCCGAAAAGUCGAUGGAAAAAUGACAAUUGGAGAGAAUAUUGCCGAUAAUGGAGGAUUAAGAGUUGCGUUUCAAGCUUAUCAAUUGAGAUCUGAUAGGGAAAAGGAAACGAGAAGACUGCCUGGAUUAACCGAUUUCAGUCCGAAUCAGCUGUUUUUCCUAGCCUACGCAAAUACAUGGUGUGAAGCCCUGAAACCAUCAGCAAUUGAUCAUAUAAUGGACACAGAUGUUCAUUCAUUGGGAAUGUUUCGUGUGAAUGUGCCCCUUCAAAACCUUCCAGCAUUUUCUAAAGAAUUCGAUUGUCCAAUUGGAUCACCUAUGAAUCCAUUUGAAAAGUGUCGUAUCUGGUAGAACAUGUCUCAUAAUUUUUUUUUGGGCCAAGUCUCUCUCCUCGUUCACAUGACUUUCUGUAUUACAAAUCUUUUAUUCUCUGAAAAUCUACGCAACAAAAAAUACCUAGUCUUCUCUGAAUGAUCUCAUCUCAUUGAUAUUGCUUAUAUGUUUUUCUAAUUUUGAAUUUUCGAUCCGCUGAUCCGGGUAAACACUUCAGUUGAUUAUAACUUUAAGAAUUCAAUAAAAUAUUAUUCAUGGAU